AAAUUAAAUGUUAAUAUGUUUAUUUUUCAAUCAAUAAAGUCUGUUCUCUCUUUGGAAAAGGCCCGGAUCAAGAAGAUCAUGCAGACAGACGAGGAGAUUGGCAAAGUGGCCGCCGCCGUCCCUGUCAUCAUCUCUCGGGCGCUGGAGCUCUUUCUCGAAUCCUUGCUGAAGAACGCCUGCCACGUGACGCAGUCCAGGAACGCCAAGACCAUGACAACCUCGCACCUGAAGCAAUGCAUAGAGCUGGAGCAGCAGUUUGACUUUCUGAAGGACCUGGUUGCCUCCGUGCCGGACAUGCAAGGCGAUGCAGAGGACAACCACAUGGAGGGCGAGAAGGUUUCCAGGAGGGGCCGGAAGCCAGGUAGCGGACGGAAGAACGGUGGCACGGCAGGCAAAGGAAGGGAUGCAAAGCAGUCCGGCACGGAUUCUGAGCAAGAGGACGACUCGGAAGAUAGCGAGAGCAACGGGGAAGAAGAGAUGCCCCAACCUGCGCCUCCUGUGCGACCCGUCACCCAUCUCUCCACCACCCCAGCGCCAUAUUUACACUUCCCUACUCCUCCGGUCUCUGCAAUACCUCUGCCAGUCCCGGCCCAAUUGGGGACCAUGCCAGCAGGACCCCCGCCAGCUCCACUUGCGCCGGUCAAGGAAGACGACGAAGAGGAAGACUACGAUUCCUAACCCUCCGUUGGUUUUAGCUGCUGCCAUUUUGGAGACGCCAGGGGUUGGGGGGAGGAAGGAUGCCGCCAGGUUUGGACUGUUCUUAAAUGUAUUAAAACACCGCGAAACUGGUAGGAGCGCCGGGCGUGGGGUUUCUUUCUCCCUGCUAAACUCAGUCCCUAAAUGGAGGACGGACGGCGACCCGUUGGUAUCCCUUUCCCUCCACGUCCCCACGGCACGGUCCCUUGUUUGCGUUCUUGAACCCGGGAAAGAAAAAUUCAGCGAGAGUUAGGUUGUAAAGCAAUUUUGUUUUUUAAUCGAUCAUUUUCUUUUUCAUUAAAAAAAAAGGACAACAAAGGAA